UGAAAAGAUAGGAUACACUGCUCAUUUACAAGAUUACAACACAAAAGUAGAAAGAAUUAAAAUAAAUAAUAUAUGAUAACUGAGAAGCAGAGUGUUUUAAGCCCAUUACUUCACAGGCUGUAGAUAUAUAUGAGUGACUUUGGUUUUAAAUUCUCUCUGAGAAAAUAGACAAUACAGAGAAAGCUUCCAAAUCUCAUAGCAUCCCAUGUGGGGGAUACUAUCUCCUUUCUCUUUCAUCUUUAUAAUCAAAUACUAAUCAAUCUCUCUUUUCUCUGAACUGUUUGUUUCAUAUUACUCUUCUCCUCUCUCUGUAGUAUCUUCUCUUGCUUCCAUCACAGAGUUUGUGAAUGAUGUGGGAAUCUGAGAGCGAUUCUGGGGUUGUAGGAGGAGGAGGAAGAGAGUAUGGUAAUGAAGUUUUGAGUUCUAACAAACAUGGCAGCGUCAGGACUGAUGGGUUUGAGCUUAGAGGCCAAUCUUGGUGUGUUGCUACAGACAUCUCCAGUGAUCUUCUGGUUAAAAUCUGCGACAUGAACUUUCACCUACACAAGUAUCCUUUGCUGUCACGUAGCGGGAAGAUGAACAGAUUGAUCUACGAGUCACCACGAGAACCUGACCCGACCAUACUCAUUCUCGAUGACUUACCUGGAGGACCAGAAGCGUUUGAGCUAGCAUCAAAAUUCUGCUACGGAGUUCCCGUGGAUCUCACGGCAACUAACAUAUCAGGUCUACGUUGCGCAGCUGAGUAUCUCGAGAUGACAGAGGAUCUUGAAGAAGGGAAUCUAAUCUUUAAGACGGAAGCUUUUCUCAGCUAUGUGGUUUUGUCUUCAUGGAGAGACUCAAUCUUGGUUCUAAAGAGCUGUGAGAAGCUCUCACCAUGGGCUGAGAAUCUUCAGAUUGUGAGAAGGUGUAGUGAAUCUAUUGCAUGGAAGGCUUGUAGUAAUCCUAAAGGGAUUAGAUGGGCUUACACAGGGAAGUCACCAUCUCUAUCUUCAUCUCCAAAGACCACUAAUAACUUCGCGAGUUCUAGUCCUAAAUGGAACGAGACAAAGGAUUCAAGUUUAUAUUGCAGCCCGAGUAGGAACAAUAAUAACAACCAGACUGUUCCUCCGGACUGGUGGUUUGAAGAUGUCUCUAUCUUGAGGAUAGAUCACUUCGUUCGUGUAAUAACUGCAAUCAAGGUGAAAGGUAUGAGAUUUGAACUUCUCGGAGCUGCAAUAAUGCAUUACGCCCGAAAAUGGCUUCCGGGUGUGUUCAAAGAAGGAGCUCCAGCACCAUCCACCAUCGGAGGAGGAGGAGACGAAAUGAGCGUGAGCUGCGGAAGCAACAGCAGCGGAGGAAGCUCCGGUCACGACAACUGGAAAGGCGGUCUCCACAUGGUCCUCUCCGGCAAACCUAACGCCCAUCAAGACUCCACCGCUUUCCUUGCUGGACACGUUACCAGCCCUAAAGAGCAGCGAAUGAUCGUCGAGUCCCUAAUCAGUAUCAUCCCUCCGCAGAAAGACUCCGUCACUUGCAGCUUCCUCCUCCGUCUUCUCAGAGCAGCCAGCAUGCUUAAAGUAGCUCCGGCGCUAACCACGGAGCUGGAGAAGCGCGUGGGGAUGCAGUUCGAGCAAGCGACUCUUCAGGAUCUUCUGAUCAAAGGGGAGACGAUGUACGAUGUUGAUCUUGUUCAGAGACUGUUGGAGCAUUUUCUAGUUCAGGAGCAGACAGAAGGGUCGAGCCCGAGUAGAAUGUCCCCGUACGCAGAUGCCGGAGUUCCGAGAGCGAACAGCAUCAGUGGUAAUAACAGUCAGAAUGCGAAGAUGAGAGUGGCGAGGCUUGUGGAUAGUUAUCUCACUGAAGUUGCUAGAGACAGGAACUUGCCGUUGACUAAGUUUCAGGUUUUGGCUGAGGCGUUGCCGGAAUCUGCAAGGACUUGCGACGAUGGGCUGUACAGAGCAAUCGACUCGUAUCUCAAGGCGCAUCCGACAUUGUCCGAACACGAGAGAAAACGACUAUGCAGAGUGAUGGACUGUCAAAAGCUAUCAAUGGACGCGUGCAUGCACGCCGCUCAGAACGAGAGGUUGCCAUUGCGAGUGGUGGUUCAAGUCCUCUUCUCGGAGCAAGUCAAGAUCAGUAACGCCUUAGCCAACACGUCACUGAAAGAGUCAACUACGUUAGGUGAAGCCAUGGGUACUACUUAUCAACCAAUGAUCCCAAAUCGUAAGACAUUGAUCGAAGCAACACCACAAUCUUUUCAGGAAGGGUGGGCUGCGGCUAAGAAGGAUAUUAACACGUUGAAGUUCGAGAUAGAGACGGUGAAGACGAAGUACGUUGAGCUUCAGAAUGAGAUGGAAGCGAUGCAAAGACAGUUUGAGAAGACAGGAAAAGUGAAGACCAGUACUUCGUCUUCUUCGGCUUGGAGUAGCGGUUGGAAGAAGCUAAGUAAGUUCACUAAGAUGACUGUACCGGAGAGUCCAGAUGUUGCUAGAGGAGAACAAGCUGGUGGUGUUAAUCAUCAACCAGCUAGGAAACCAAGGCGAUGGAGGAACUCAAUUUCUUGAGACAACUUUUAUGUGUUCUUGAUUUGAUUCUUUGAGAGAAAGAAAAGCUUUUGUUUGCUUCUAAUUUGUAAUGCUAUGUCCUUAAUGAUAUAUCAUUACAAAACCCAAUCAUCUUGACAAUA